ACGCCUGGCCCUGCGAAUUCUACAACAAUUUCAUCACAUAAAUAGUACUCUUCCCUGGUACAUAAGAGGACCCGUGCCAGCGUCCUUAUCUUUGCCCACGACGUCCACCAUGUCUUCCACCUACUCCUCCCAGGAGAAACUGCCUCUCAUCUCCACUCACCCGAAGAAAGGUGAAGGCAAGUAUGUACUUGUUAUUCACGGUGGUGCAGGGACAAUGUCGCGCGAGAAGAGUACGCCUGUACAGCAGGCCGAGUACAAAGCCGUGCUAGCCCAGGCAUUGCGUGCUGGGUACGCCGUACUUGAGCAGGGCGGAGAGGCCAUGGACGCGACAGUUGCGGCCGUUAUGGUCUUAGAAAACUGCCCUCUCUUCAAUGCCGGCAAGGGUGCUGUCUUCAACACGGGCGGAAAGAAUGAGCUCGAGACCUCUAUCAUGCUCUCCAAACCCCCGUCCACCCAUCCCGAAAUCCCAACCAACCGUCGUGGUUUCGCCCUCACCCUCCUCACUCAUACCCGCAACCCCUGCCACCUCGCCCGCACCCUCUAUCUCUCGCCUAAAUCCACCCCACACCCCUUCCUAUCCGGCUCCUAUGCUGAAUCGAUCGGUACCUCUCUCGGUGUACCUACUGUCCCCUCAUCGUAUUUCUUCACUGAAGCUCGCUGGCGCGAACAUCGUCGUGGUCUCGGUCUCCCCGAGGAGCCGCUACCUGAGGGUCAUACUCCGGCAUCCCCUCCCGAACCAUUGAACUUGGAUCAGAUGCCAACCGGAACGGUGGGAGCAGUGGCCUUGGAUAUGAGAGGGUGCAUCUGCGCGGUCACGUCGACGGGAGGGAGGACGAACAAGCAGGUGGGCAGGGUGGGUGACACGCCACACAUGGGAUCAGGGUUUUGGGCGGAAGAGUGGAAGGUCAAGGGACUUUUGCGAAGGACGUGGAACAAGUUUCGCGGGAAGGGGGGUGUCAACGCGCUGGGUGUUUCGGGAACAGGGGACGGCGACUUCUUCAUCAGGCAAAACACAGCAUCGACGAUGGCGAGAAGGAUGCAGUAUCUCGGAGAAUCGGUCACGAAGGCCGCGGACUGGGUCGUGGAGGAUCUCAAGGAGCACGAUGGUGUUGGUGGAGUGAUCGCUUUGGACCAGGAGGGCAACGUUGCGUUGUCUUUGAACUGCCCAGGCAUGUAUCGCGGUGUCAUCAGGGACGAUGGCGUCGCCAAAACCGCCAUCUUCAAUGAUGAAGAACUUAGCUAA